UUUGAAACAACGUAUUAAAUUCCGCCGCGCGUUCGAAUACAUUUUUAUGUUAUUUUUUUUACCCUGAAGUCUUUCUGUUAUUCCUGUGUACUUAUUUUUAACCUUAUUUGUGAAGUGCAAAACAAUGUACAAAGUUUGAACGGCAGUUAAGAGUGUGAAAGCAACGGGAAAAAAGCAAAACAAAAAAAUAGAAAACAUAUAUAUCGAAAUUAUUUAUAAUCAAGACAAAUUGGUGCGAAAAUCCGUUCGUCGUCGAGUCACAGUAUCUGGUACGCAUUUCGUUGGCUUUAUUUUUGUUAUUGGUGGUACAUAGAGAAUUGCAUACGGUGGGGGCAUGUCAUAAUCGCGAGUCGCGCAACUACGAUGGAGAAAAUACAAUUUAAAUGAAAAAAAAGAAAAAAGGGUCACAAUCUCAGCUCUUCGAUCGUAUAAAUUUCACUGCAUCUGAUUCACAAUGAAAGAUCCAUCAUCGAAAAACUUCUACCAUGCACCACCCGUUGAUCGUCUGACGAUGCCGUCGAUGAAUUUCUUGCAACAACAACCGGACGAUGACGAUGGCCUAGGCCCAUUGCCACCAAAAUGGGAAAAAGCAUACACUGAAAAUGGUGAAACCUACUUUAUCGAUCACAACACCGGCACAUCACACUGGUUGGAUCCACGUUUAUCAAAAUUUCAAAAGAAAUCGCUCGAAGAUUGUAUGGACGAUGAACUACCGUACGGUUGGGAAAAAAUUCAUGAUCCACAGUAUGGUACAUAUUUUAUAGACCAUGUCAAUCGGCGAACACAAUAUGAAAAUCCUGUGCUCGAGGCAAAACGACGCAAUUCUGAACGCAAAACAAAUGGAGCCAAUCAAUCGGCUUCGUCAAAGUCACUAAAUGAUGAGCUGAUGAUGCGCCAAAAUGAGUCUCAGUCACAGCAACAACAGCAACAGCAACAGCAUCAUCAGCAUCAACAACAACAAAUCCAAUCGGAACAAUCCCAAUUGAAACCAAAUCUAUUUACCAAAAAUCCGUCGGAAUUACGAGGUGAACGAAUAAAUACCACAUUAUUGAAAUCGUCACGUGGUCUCGGCUUUACGAUUGUCGGCGGUGACGAUAAUAUUGAAGAAUUUCUACAAAUAAAAUCGAUUGUCGCAAACGGACCGGCAUGGUUGGAUGGUAAAUUGCAAACCGGUGACAUUUUAGUGUAUGUAAAUGAUACAUGUGUAUUGGGUUUUACACAUCAUGAAAUGGUAAAUGUGUUUCAAUCAAUAUUGCCGGGUGAAACGGUGACAUUAGAAGUGUGUCGAGGCUAUCCAUUGCCAUUCGAUCCGAAUGAUCCAAACAAUGAAGUGGUAACAACAAUUGCCGUUGAUGGCAUCAAUUCAGAUCCGGAAAAGUCACGCAUGCUAAUGGAUUUAAAUAUGGAUGGAAAUUAUAAUUUUCUUGAUAUGUCUGAUACACAGUCGGCAAGUACAUCGGCCAAGCAUAAUUCAACGUUAAGCCGACUCGAAUCGAGUUCGGUGCGCAGCGAUAUAAGUGAAAAUUUUGCAAACGAGUCAAAACGUGAUUUGAUUUCAUCAAGCGAUAAACCGGAAAUUUUAAAUAUUUCAAUAGUAAAAGGACCGCUUGGAUUCGGUUUCACUAUUGCCGACAGUGCUUAUGGUCAAAAGGUGAAAAAAAUUCUCGAUCGAAAUUGUUGCAAAGAAUUGAACGAAGGUGAUUAUUUGCUUGCAAUCAACAAUACAAAUGUUAUGUAUAUGUCACACAGUGCGGUUGUUCAAGUGCUAAAAAAUUGCCCAAAAAGUGAGGAGGCAAUUUUGAAAAUUCAACGUGGCAGCUAUUUUAAUGGUGGCAACAUUAGCGAUAAGCCAACAAGUCGAGUGCGGCGUGUUAUUGAUUCAAUCGAUCGAGCCGCUAUAAUGAAUGGUAAUGCAUCCAAAGAAGCGUUAAAUUUGUAUCGCAGUAAAACACCAACGGCAGAUCUGUACAGUACACAAACGAAAGAAAUUUUACCGAUUCGAUCGAAAACACCGUUGGUCGAUACACGAAGUCGUGCAAAAACACCAAUGAGCGAACUUAACGGUGGCGAAGAGGAAGUCGACGGUACAAUGCAAUCACACAAUGAUGGGACAAUUCAUGAUUUAAAAAAUAUUGCAGCAGCCGAUACAAAAUCAAAUAAUAGCUUUCCCGAUCAAGAUUCCAUCAAUAAUGAGGCACCUUUUAUUGAUCCAUUUCCAAAAUUGGUUCUAAAUUUAUCGGAUCGCUUGGCUGAAGCAUCGCUGGGUGCUGGAAAUCAUUAUCAAACCAAGGAUCUUUCAAACAUUCGCCAUAAUCAUUUCGAUAGUCAACCCAAUCUCAAUAAUUUUGAACAAAAUAGUGUUAGCAGCGGACAUGACUUUUAUGUGAAUUAUAAUUCGAAUUUGGCUAGCGGAUAUACAAAUUCACCGAGCAAUAGCAUAUAUGCGGCCAGCGCAAAUACAAUGCCAACACAUAUGAAAAUGCCACUGAUGGCACCCAUGCCCACGUAUCAUCAUGAGCAUUGCUAUUGUUUUGAAUGCCAGAGACAAUAUCGAUAUCAUAACAUUUUAAUUGAUCGCCGCAAAGUUGGAUUUAGCCCAUUGGAUACACAUGCACCAAUGGCAUCGCCGCAUCCAAUUCAUAUGAAUCAACCACAAUCGCCACAGCAUUUACAUCAAGCACAUCAUGAGAACAACUAUUGGACGAAAAACGAUAUGAAAAUACAACAGCAGGAAAACUUUGGCUAUAUGUUAUCAGAAGUUACACUCGAACGACAAACAAUGGGCUUUGGUUUUCGUAUAGUUGGCGGCACCGAAGAAGGAUCACAAGUUACUGUUGGUCACAUUGUUGAGGGCGGAGCCGCUUAUAAUAAUCCACGAAUUGAAACGGGCGACGAAAUUUUGAGCAUUGACGGUCAUAAUGUCGUGCAAUCAUCACAUCAUCGUGUCGUCGAAUUGAUGAGUGAUGCUGCGCAGCGAGGCCGUGUAACAAUGAUAUUACGACGACGUGUUCAUGAUCCAAAUAUUGCAAAUCUUCAACAUUUACAGCAUCAUUCACACCAUCAACACGUACAGCAUCCGCAUUUACAACGUGAUUUUGUCUAUCCAUACGAUGUGAUUGUUGUUCGAAAUGAAAAUGAAAGUUUUGGCUUCGUUAUCAUUUCGGCAUCAAAUCAAUACUAUAGUUCGACCAUAGGAAAAUUGAUUCCAGGAAGUCCAGCCGAUCGUUGUGAUGAAUUGAAGGUCGGUGAUCGUAUAAUUGCUGUGAAUGGAAUCAAUAUAGCUGGUAUGAGUCAUGGCGAUGUUGUAAACUUAAUCAAAGAGUCUGGAUUGCAUGUUCGUCUUACCAUUGGCAAUCCAAAAGAAACACUACAAUCGAAUUCAGUUCACACGCAACCAAUCAAUCCAAAUAAUAACCUAAAUGACCCAUACUUCGAGCACCGAAACAAUGGCCUCGUCUCGAUUACAAAUGACAAUUUAAACGUAGACGUUUAUCAACCGAAUAAUCAUUGAAAUCAUAAUCAAAUCUUAUUCUUCUCAUUUGAAUUUCUUCCUCUCGAAACAAUUUCAAUCAGUUUAUAUAAAUAUAUGAAAGAAUUCUGUUUUUUUUUUAAAUCGAUUAGACAAAAACAAUAAGAAAAAAGACUGAACAAAAACUACAAAAGCAAUUAACCACAAAUUGAACACACAAAAAAUAACCAUAACAACAAAUCAAGAAAGAACAAUUCUAAAUUUGAUUAGAAAAUAAAUGAAACAAGAUGCCUUUUAAUCCAUAGUCUCAAUGAACAAAGAUGAACAAAACAAAAACUGAAUUUGUAGGAAAAUAGAAAUGUAAUAGAUUCGCUCGCUUUUCAAUUCAAUGUGUGGCCUCUUUAUUAUGAAUCGCACGCCGUGAAAUGCCUAUUCAUUUCGAUGUACGAUUCUCAUUUAUACACUCUAUUUGACCAAACAACUUCGCCUUAUCGCAAAUGAACACACAACAAAUAUUAGCUCGAGCAUAAUUUUACAUAUAUAGACAAUUUACUAAAGUAAAAUAAAAUACAUUUUUAUUUGUAAGUGUUUUUUUAACUCCUGGAUUGUAACCAUUUGAUGAUAUACUAGAUGGACAUUUGUUUUAUAUAUUUGUUUUAUAACAUUUAGACAUUUUUGUAGGGAAUAAUAUUUUAUUGAUACAUUUAUAUACUUAUAAAUAUAUAUAUUUAUAUUUUAAACGCAUUUAUCCACAUUGCUCACAUAGUACAUAGAUUUAUUCUCGAUCUUUGAUAUUUAAAUAUACAUAUAUGCUGCGUAGAAGUACAGACAGAGAAAGAGGGCAAUUUAAAAAAAAAAAGUUUUAAAAUGUACUUAAUACGAAAAAGGAGAACAGCUUCUAGUUUGACUCGAUAUAUUCAAAGUAAACAUGAAAGUUGUACAAUAACAUUUUAAUUACUUUAUACAUAUAGUUUGAAUAGAAGAUAAAUGUAAGAAUUUCGCAAUAGCGUCAAUAUUAUCAAAAAUAAGAAAAAGAAAUUAGAUUUUAAAAAAAAUGUUGUUCGGCCGCUCAAUCGUACUCAAUCAGUCAUCUUAAGCGAAAUCAUUUUGUGUAACAUAUAAUUUAGAUGUUUAGAUCCAGCAUUUGUUCGAAAUAAUUUUGAAUUGCAAGCAGAAUUCAUGCAACAUCAAUCAAACGAA